CCCGCUACCUCAAAAAUGCAGAGGUGGCAUCCAUCCUGCCCUACUCCAAGCCAACAGUGUUGCUGCAGCAUGUUCAACCCCGCCAAAGUAUAAGAUGUAUCAGCCAAACCAAACCUCAAGUCGGGAAACCACAUUGAGGUACUUGACUUGGGACACACCUCUCUCAGAUCAGCAUGAAAAAGCCGUUCAGAAUAUCAGAGACCCCACCAAAUGGCCAGCCCAAGAAAAGCAUUUUGUAGCUGGCCUCAGUAUUCUCACAACAUUCAUGGCUGCAUAUUCCAUCUCCGCAUAUGUUUCUGGGGUUAGCUCCAUCGCCGCCGAAUAUGGGACAUCUCGCACUGUAGUCCUUGUCGGCAUGCCUACGUUUCAAACAGCCUUUGCUGCAGCGCCAAUGGUUCUGGCUCCUUUCAGCGAAUUUGUUGGCCGGAAACCUGUCUUCUUGAGUACAUAUGGACUCUACAUCCUUUGUACCCUGCUUAUUCCUGUUGUCAACAACCUUGCGGGACUCCUGAUUACCAGGUUCUUUCAAGGUGUUGGUGCCAGCACAUUCAGCACCAUGGUUGGAGGCAUUAUCGCAGACAUUUACCAGCCCCACGAGCGUGGUAUGCCAAUGUCGUUGUUCGCAACAGCAUCCUUCUCAGGCGGAAUAGGUCAGCUGGCGUCAAACUUCGUAGUUGAACCCUUGGGUUGGCGCUGGAUCUACUGGCACCAGCUGAUUGCCAACGCCCUUCUCAUAGCCCUGAUUUUCUUUUUCUUUCAGGAAUGCCGCGGACCACUGCUCUUGAGUAGAAGGGCAAAGAUCCUCAAUUCGGCCGACUUGGCCCCGUGCAAUGAAAAGCUGUCGACACCUCGCAUCACUUGGAAGGUGAAAGAGGAAGAAGACCGUGCCACCCUGAAGCAAAUAAUUCGAAUCAGUCUAACCAGACCGUUUUACCUACUCUUUACUGAGCCAGUCGUAUUCUGGUUCAGCAUGUGGAUCUCUUUCAGCUGGGCGCUGCUUUUCAUGUUCUAUGUGUCAGUGCCUCUCACAUUUGAAACGACAUAUUCGUUCACACCGCGACAGGCUGGCCUUGUAAUGCUGGCAACCGUCGUCGGUGCGGGUCUCGGAAAUCUUUGUUACCCUUUGCAAGAACGGCUCUACCGCAAAUAUGUCACUGAACAACCCAGGUUCAGUCUUCUCCGUCAGUUCAGAAAAAGGCCAGAUUCUUCUGGCUUGUGCAGCGACUGGAACCCAGAAGCUAGAUUGUAUACAGCGUGCCUUCUGAGUAUUGCAAUGUCCAUCGGAAUGUUCAUGUACGGGUCACUCAUGAUGCCAGAUAUUCACUGGAUAUUUGCAGUUCUUUCCGUCACUGUCGUCACGUUCGGGUCUUAUUCGAUUUACCUCGCCGUCUUUACCUAUUUCGCUGAUGUCUAUACCACAUAUGCCAGUUCGGCCAUGGCGGCCCAGAGCUUCUGCAGAAAUGCUGUGGCAGGGGCUCUACCAUUGGGCGUGACUCCCAUGUUCACGAACCUUGGUUUUAUGGAAGCUUCCCUCCUCUUGGGUGGAUUUGGACUGUUGAUGAGGUGA